GCCCCCUCCUUUUCCCUUCCUCACCAUCCGCUCCCCCCCCCUCCCAAGGUUAUUUGGGAGAUUAGAGUUCAUUAAUUAAAUCCUGUGCCUAGAUCGAACUGUAACAUUAUUCCAAUCACAUUUAUCUUGCAUCCGCGGAGAGGGAUGGCAGCCCCACUGGAAACGCGCUGUGUAGAAUGAGCAGGCAGCGGAAAGGAGACGUAGAACGCAGCCAGCUGCCAUUUCGACACCGCAGCUCCAGCCUUCCAUUUUAUUUUUAAUUCUUCAUUGUCCUGGCUCUCCCUUUCCUUGGGGGUUCGGAUUCUCUCUGUCUGCCCACCCCCAUCUUUUCGCUAUUCCCCCAGCUCAGCGCCCUCCCUCCCACCCACCCCCAUCACGCAACACACACACACACACACACACACACACACACACAAACACACCCCCACGCUCACCACCUUCCCCCCACCCCCUUUCCCCAAGCUGCCGUUUGCAACUCAAUGGACCGAUUUCUUGGGUUUCACUGACUCACGCCUUCCCCAAGAUGAGAAAUUGCAAAAUGGCCCGGGUGGUUAGUGCACUGGGGCUGGUCAUGCUCAGCGUCGCCUUGCUGAUUUUAUCUCUGAUCAGCUAUGUGUCCUUGAAAAAGGAUAACAUCUUCACCACUCCCAAGUACGCCAGCCCGAGGGUGCCCCGAAUGUAUAUGUUCCACGCGGGAUUUAGGUCACAAUUUGCACUGAAGUUUCUAGACCCAUCAUUUGUGCCCAUUACGAAUUCUCUGACCCAGGAACUUCAGGAGAAACCUUCUAAGUGGACAUUUAACCGGACAGCUUUUUUACAGCAAAGGAAAGAGAUUCUUCAACAUGUCGAUGUAAUAAAAAAUUUUUCUUUGACCAAGAAUAGUGUUCGGAUUGGACAGCUGAUGCACUAUGACUAUUCCAGCCAUAAAUAUGUUUUCUCUAUUAGCAAUAACUUCCGAUCACUGCUUCCAGAUGUGUCACCCAUUGUGAAUAAGCAUUAUAAUAUUUGUACUGUGGUUGGAAAUAGUGGGAUCCUGACAGGGAGCCAGUGUGGACAAGAAAUAGAUAAAUCUGAUUUUGUUUUCCGUUGCAAUUUUGCCCCCACCGAGGCAUUCCAAAAAGAUGUUGGAAGGAAAACCAACCUUACCACCUUCAAUCCUAGCAUCCUGGAAAAGUAUUACAACAAUCUUUUGACCAUUCAGGAUCGUAACAACUUUUUCCUCAGUUUAAAAAAACUUGAUGGGGCAAUCCUCUGGAUCCCUGCAUUUUUCUUCCAUACUUCAACAACUGUCACCAGGACACUAGUUGAUUUCUUUGUCGAGCACAGAGGUCAGUUAAAGGUCCAGUUGGCUUGGCCUGGAAAUAUAAUGCAACACGUCAACAGGUACUGGAAAAACAAACGGUUGACACCCAAACGACUGAGCACAGGUAUUCUUAUGUACACCCUUGCAUCUGCAAUGUGUGAAGAGAUCCACUUGUAUGGAUUUUGGCCAUUUGGAUUUGACCCCAACACUCGGGAAGAUCUUCCUUACCAUUACUAUGACAAAAAAGGAACCAAAUUUACGACCAAGUGGCAGGAAUCCCACCAACUUCCUGCCGAGUUUCAGCUAUUAUACAGAAUGCAUGAGGAGGGACUGACCAAACUGACUCUGUCACAUUGUGCCUAAGAACUUCAAACUCAAAGUGCCAAAUGAUUGUUUUAAAAGUGCCCCAAACCAAAUUGAAUAUUCUUCAAAAGUAGAGCCCUUUUAGGGUCAUAUGUUUACUAAAACUAUUUUCCACAGCUUAAAAAGUCAAGAUGUUCUCUAUUGCCCUGCCCACCGGUCUGCAAGGGUCUUAGCGCAUUUAGCAAGACCAACAAAAACUACACUUUUUUCAAGCUGUAAGAAUCUUUAAGGAAUUGAUGAAAGAAAUUUUGCAUUUAUAGCUAUGCUAUUAAAUAUAUGUUUUAAAGUAUUUUCAUAUUGAUAUUUUAGCAGCUGAGAAACUGCUGUCCAUUUGGAGCAUUCCAUGCUAUGUAGAACUAGAGAUGGUGCUUUCCUGAGCUCUGUUCAGCCUCUAGGCAGAGCUGAGACAAGGCACCUAAAGAGAGAUUUGAAAAUGACUCCCCUCACUCCUUCACUGGAGAGUUCCAGCCCUCCACCCCCAUUCUUCAUCUUAUACCAGGGACUUGGAACCAUCAGGGUAAUACAUGGGAUUACUUUACACAAAAUAAACACCUGUGUAUCAUGGAGAGCAGAGUUUUCUGUGAUUCCAAGUAUGUGAAUAUAUAAAAACUGAUAUAAAACAAUUUACCUUUGUGCCCCUGCCUUCCCUUUAUAUUUCCCCCUCAAUGGGCCCUUUUCCUACCAAGAUCCAAAUCAUAUUUCUAGGGCUAAUUUAUGAGGGAUCUCUGUUUAACAUUAUGUUCAAACUCUUUAAAUUGGUAAUAGGAAAAAAAAAACAGAUUUCCUUAGCCUACCUAUCUCCCUCCCUCUCUUUGCUGUGUGGGAUUUUCUUUUGCUUAUUUAAUUGCCUUUUCCACUGUGGGUUGUGUGUUUGCUUGAUGCAUUCAUGACACUGAGUAACUUUGAUGCUUCCAUCCAAUUUCUUUUCAAACUGAAUAAAUUAUAAUACAUUUAUGUUACCUUAUAUUUUUACAGAAAACACCUCUUACUUGAUGCUCAUGACCUGGAUUCCACUGCAGGUCAAAGCAUGAGCUCUCAAUCUGAAGCAGCAUACAGCAUGUCUCUCACUAUUUAGUACACAGGAAACUAAAGACAUGAGUGGAUUUUUGUACGUGGUUGGCCACUAGCAUAAUGUCAAUCAAUUCCUUAAGGAAGGGUCCAAGAGCAUUUAAACCUGGGCUCCAUUCAUAUUAAGCCAAACUGGAUAGUGGUUCUGAGAGGUUCUCAGAAUAUAGUCACAGUUAUAUUUGGAAUUUAGGCCAUGUUAGAAAUAUAAGAUUAUUUAUUAGCACACAAUUGGUCCAAUGACCAAUUCAACCUAAACUGCUUUAUCACAGGAGGCAAGAAGCCAUUUGAAUGAUGUUGUCUAGAAAAAUAAAUGUUGGAAAGUGGUAGAGGGAGAGCCUUUUGGGAUUGUCUGAUGCCUCUCCCAAGGCCAUUUCAGGCCUGAAACCUGAAUAUGCAGUGUUCAAACUAGUGUCACUUCUACGUACUCUAGUUGACAGUGUUUCUGUGGCCAGCAUCUCAUAGGUGACUGUUUUGUCCCAAGAGAAGUAUGAAUUCCUGGUCUUUCUUUGCCAAGAGAAGUGUGAGCUCUGAGUCUUAUACUCCUCUUUCCAAUAGAUCCAAAUUAGAUCUAUUAUAGCUAAAAUUUAUGGAUUUUCCAGGAAGAAAAGCCAUUGAGUAAUUCAGGCAAUCCUAGGAUCUUGGACAAAAUUAUUUUUCUGUGUAAUGCUGUAUAGACUCUACCAUGUAGACAUGGAUUUGACCCUCCUAGUUUUUUCAUUAUCUUUGUCCUUCUAAUCUGAGCAGCAUUCUGGCCAAGUGGAACUUAAAUUUUAAUAUGAUAUUCCUUUCUUCUUUCUGAGUGCCAAUCAAGCACAUUUAUAAUCUACACAGGGGAGACAGCUCACUCUUUCCCAUAAAUCACAUCUAAAUUUUUUUGCAUUCCCUAGCCUGCAAUGUUAAAAAUAUGGAUCAAAAAUAAUUGCUGAGGUGGGAGAAUCAAAUCAGGGCCCCUCUUUGAUGUGUAGGUUCUAACUAAAAAGAAUUCCAAGUUUACCUAUGAAAGUUACUGCACACACACUGCCUGAGCCUAGAGAAAUAGGCUAUUUGGGUUUUGUUUCCUCCAGAGAACUACCCAAAGUCAUUAUGGUCAAAGCUCUUUUUGCUUGAGACAGAAAUUCACCAAUAUGUGUCUGAGAUUAGUAUGUGUCUGAGAACAAGAUGACUUUAUUGAGAGAAAUAUAAUUAUAUAUUUAUAUAACAUCAUCCAUUUUAUUAUAGGGAUAAUAUAAAUGACAAUCACCUGAUUAGUUGAAAAUAAAAAAUGGUUAGCUGUUUCAGGAUAAGAAACAACAAGAACAAAAACUUCCUUGGAAAGAAUAUUCAUGCUAUUUUUCCAUCUUGACAUACAGUUUAGUGAGCUAUAGAACCAUUCCAGGAAGCUGGCAGAGAUUUAGCCUGUUAUUUUAUGUCUUGUUCAAAUUGGUGUCUCCCUCACCACAUUCUAUGGGCCAAGUUUCACUGUGCAGCCAAAAUUGACAGGAGACUUCUCCUGCAUUCUCAAAUGCACAGUCCUUUACUAUAUGAAUAAAGGAAAAGAAUCAAUUCUCGCAUGGGCCAGAAGAUUUUGAUGCUGAUGUUUUGAACUCCAGUAUGGCUAAAAGACAUUUGACAUAAGCUUAAACUGCAUAUACAGGAAGCCACAUCGGUCAGAAUUAAUAAGAAAUUGAAUCCUGACCAUAAUCAAUUGGCAAUCAUUACAGAGUGAGUUAUUGAAAUUUUUUUAAAGAUUUACUAUGGGGGAAAUGUAAAAUAUUCUAUAAGUUUCUGGAAAAGUUCAUUUCAACCCUGGCCCCAUCACUCUCUCAAAUUAAACUACUGAUAGAACUCUUCCUGACACCAUAUUAUCAGUUCAACUAAACAUCAGAAUGUAGAUGGAAAGGCUACAGUCAUAGAAUUCUAGGACCAGAAAGAGCUUGAGAAAUCAAGUAGACCAGAAGAUCUUAAACUGACAGCUAAGUCUUUGUUUUUAGAGUUUUAAUAAUGUAUUUCAUAUAAUUAGUUUCCUUGGCAAUCCUUUUCCCCCCUGCAUUUAAAAUCAUUCUGAGAAGGGGUCUGUAGGCUUCAUCAGCAUCUCACAAAAUUCUUAAGAAUCUCUAAACUAGACUACUCUAUGUCUGGGCAAGACUAUUCUAUCUAUUCCAGAAAAAAUAAUUAUCUACUCUCUUAAAACCCCAUAAAGAAAAACAUUUCCUAGUGUCCCUUUCUGCUUUCUUCAUAGCUUUGUUUCAAGAAGUAUGUCUUGUUUCCUCCCAACCUUCUGCCAUCCCUAAAAUUUAACCACUAAUGUCUUGAACUGUAUGUAGACUAUGACAACAGAGAAAAGCCAUUCGACACCACAAAACAAUGUCCUUUUAUGUAUUUAAAGACUGUUACAAAACCUGGGUCUAAACAACUACAAACAAGUCAUUCAUGUCCCAAAAUACAGUGGAUACAAAAAGAUCCUACUUGGGAAUUUUGGAAAGGACCACUAAGGGCCAAUCCUUCAAGGUUCCUGAUUAUUUCUCAAUUUACAUAGAUUACAUUUACAAUGAGACAAAUGAGAGAUUUUUUCAAUACCUACUAAUUUGGGGUAGCUAUUUACACUGAGAUUUUGUAUUUCCUUUGCCUUCUUUAUCCAAGACUAAGUCACUUCCAUUUUUCAAACUUUUCCUUUUUAAAGAACCCACUUCCAGAUCCUGAGUCAGACUCUACCAUAGAUCCACCAAGAUUUUUUUUUAAUCUGAUACCAAUACAACUACUUAAUUCAGUCCCAAACAAAAACAAAUCAAUGAAAUUGGCAUUCAGUACAUAAAGCAAGCAAAUAAUUUAUUGUAUUUUUUCUAUUUCAAUAAGUCCUUUGAGUUGACAUGGCCAUAAAGUCAUAGAUCCAGAAUCUGGCUAGACUUCUUAGUAUGUGCUGUCAAGAAAUUAAUUUCAUUAAAACCCAACAAACUGAGUAUUAAAACUCUUUUUUUUAUCAGCCAAUGUAUUUAUUAUGUCAUCUUCAGCACAAUAUUUGUAAAUCUUGGUAGAAUAAUACAAAGCCUAGUAUGAUUGUUGAACCAUUUCCCAAAACAAGCCAAGUAUAUGGCACUAGACUACUGCACUAACAAUGGUACUCAAUGAAGAGAGGGAUAUGCUGGGACUUUACCCCAGACAAUUAAGAACCCACUGCAUGUGUGAAAAAUAAGCUAUUGUUCAUUCUGGGGACAUGACAACUAGAUUUUUCUCUGUAUAAUUUACCAAUGGCUGAUAGAUUGAUACUGAUAGAUGAAAAAGCAUUUCUGAUGUCUUUAGAAUGGACAAUCAUUAGAUGUCAUCUCUGCUAACAAAGAGAUACUAAAGAUGCACAAAGAGGGCAAAGAAUAUCUUAAAAUCAUAAAGUAUUUAAGAUCAAAGUAUCUUAGAUGUCAUCUAGUUCAAAUCCAUCAUUUUACGUAUGAGAAAAUUGAAGCUAGUAGGAGUGAUUUGAUUUGCCCACAGUCAAAUAGCUAGUUAAUGUAGUGGUGCAUUAAUUCCAGCUGUAACAAGUAUAGAUCUCUUCCCUUCCAACAUGAAGAGAGGAAAAGCCAAAAAUAUUAUGGGAAUAAAAGCACAGGACCAAUGAAAAAUGACCUUGGUUUUAAAUCUUUGAAAUAUAAGAAACACAAGAAGAUAAUAAGACUUCAGUGCUGGUUUUGUUUUGGUGUUUUUCAAUUUUCUGCAAAGCUGUAAUAUAGGAGAAAUUUAAAAGUUCAAUAUGAUUCAUUUAUAUUUUGAUCAGUUUCCUAAAGAAAGAAUUGCUUGGCAGUAUUCUGUACAUUUUCCACUCUGAAAAUAUUCUCUUAUUGAACAAUGUUGAACAUUUCUAGUAUAGUUUUCCACGUACACAAGAGCAGAGAUGCAUAUGUAAUUUCUUUGAGAGUCAACCACACUCUGCACUGAAAGAAAAAAUAGGCAAAUUAGGUAAAUUACUAUUGUAGAAAAAAUAUUUGUUUGUUACAAUUUCAAUUGAAAACUGAGAACUUAAUUCUCUGUUCAUUUUAAUAAUAAAGCUUUGCUAUAAUUUUAGUAAUACAUAUGAAUAAUAUGGAUGUUGAAAACUGAACACAGUUUUGUGCUGACAUCACUAUAUGCUACCGCCAGUGGCACCUCUCAAGGGUAAGAAAUUACUCUUAUCAAUGCCAUUCAUGUUGUAAAUUUUUUUCUGGAAUAUAUGUUGAAUUUGACAAAGAGAAAUGCUAUUAUAAUUGGAUGCUCUGAGAAUCUAGCACAUAGAUUGUUUCUACACAUGCAAAAUGAAAAACUGAGUCAAUUGUCUAUUUCAUUCAGACUUCCUUAAUCUACUUGUUGCGUUAUGAUUUGCUUUUGACAAAUGAAACUGUCAGUGUAGGCUCCAUUCUCCAAAAUAUUCAGAAUGUGUAGGCCCUGUCCAAUGGAUCAUCAGGAGGAGUAUUGGCUGUGUAUAUAACCAGGCUGCAGCACUGCAAAUCCUGAGAGGCCAGUGCAACAUAGGCAGUCUGAUUAAUCAAUUUGGAUGCUCUGCAGCCAGAUCAAUCCCAAAGUGACCUGGCUCAAUCAUGACAAUGGCUAAAGCAGCCAAUUCUGCCUUCUUUACUCAGGUCCUUCCACAGAAAUAGACUUUAAAAUGCCGAAUGUUUCACAAUGUUCUCGUCAAAGGGAAUUUGUAAUUUUUAGUUUGUAAAUGACUACUUAUUAUUGAAAGUUUUUAUGUUAAAAUAGAUUCUGUUUUACCCCAUCAUUUUGUUGACCUUGCAAUGGAAACCAGUGAGGAAUAUGUCAUAGAAUAACUAAUUCCAUGCUAAGAGAGGACAGGAACCAUGUCUCAAUGAUCUGUUUAGCUCCCUCAGCACAGUGCUUAAUAUAUGUGUGGGACUUAAUGGAUAAGUCAAUAUGAAGUAAUGAAUUAUAAUCCUUCACUGAGCCAUUUGACAACAAAUUUCUUUGAUUUUUUAACGUGUCUAUAUACUGACAUAAUUCUCAAGUUUUAAAAUUUUAGUUAAUAAAUCGCCAGCUGAAUUAAAAUUGUCAAAAUAUUUAGCCAUAUAGAUCCACCAAAAUAAUGCAACUGUUUUGACUGUGUGUUGUGUUUUCUGAACUGACCUGUCACUAAUGGAUUCAUAAACAAUUUGGAACUGGCUCAAUUCUGCCUGAAUGAUUGUAUGUUUAAAAAUGGCCCAAACGUGCUCUAUAACUCUAAUGUGUUUGUUCUUGACCUUGUAUUUCUUUCAUAGGUUUGAAAGUAUUUUCCAAAUGUUUAAUGACGCUUCCAGGUAAGAGCAAAAUAUCUUUAGGCUUCUGACGAAAGAGUAAAUUGAAAUUCAUGGAAGCUAAGUAGUUCAUAAAAUCAUAAGAUUUUAGAGUUAAAAGAGACAAAAGGAACCACCUAGACCAAACCUCUCAAUUUACAGAUGAGAAGCUAAGGUUCAAAGGUUAAAAGCUUUGCUAAAGCAUAUAGGUAGCUAGCAGCAAAGCCAGAACUACAAUUGAAAUUUCAUUAAGUUAAAUCCACGACAUGAUGCUGCCUCAUAAUCUCAUGCUAAAAACACAAUCAUUUUAGCGUAGAGUUAGUUAUGGUAGGUUCAAUAGCAGAUUCUUCACUGUGAUUCUAUUACAAGGUCAUCAACAUAAUAAUGGGCUUUGUUGAGGACAAAAGUAUCUACUGAAAUAUCUUCUAUAAUUAGCCACCUAGAAAAAAAAAAGCAAGGAAAGAUGCCCAAUAAUUCUACCUCCUUGAAGUCACUGCAAUGUUAAAUUGCAAGUCAGUCACAGAGCCUAGAAUUGGCAUUCAAAAACAUGAUUCCUCAUUGCACAAGAAUAUUCCUUAAAAAUAAAAGUCCCCAGACCAGAACUGAGACUUUCAGAAAGGAGAAUUCAAGAAGCUUAAACAAAAACAGGGUAAUACUAAUACAGGGUAAACGUGGUCUUUGUUUGUAUUAAUUCACUUGUACAUGCAAAAUAACUUACUUCUUGAAUUGGUCCUAAGAAAACCGAAUGUUAGAUGAAACAAUAAUAUGGAGAACUGGUAGUUCCAGAGGGGAAAAAAUUUUUUUAAGAAAGGGUAGUUGCCUAAAUAACAUUAUAAUAUGGGUUUUUUACUUAAUGGUGGUAUAUGGUUAUGAUAUAUAAUGAUGUUAUCAUCAAAUGGGAAACAAUGUGGCAAGGUGGAAAGUGCUAUGAAUUUGGAGUCAAGAGACCUAAAUUGGAAUUCCACCUCAGGUACUUCCUAACAUACAUAUGUGAUUAAGGUCAAAUUACUUAACCCUCUGAGCCUCAGUUUCUUGAACUAUAAGAUGCAACACCUGAUUCAUUGAUGUAAAUGAGGUUGUCCAGAACAAUGUUAGCCCAUCUUUACCAGAGUCACUAGAGGCUUCGUUACUUCCCCUCAACCAAAUUUCAGGGAUAAUUCUCAUCAAUUUGUGUGUGUGUGUGUGUGUGUGUAUUAUAUAUAUAUAUGUGUGUGUAUAUAUAUAUAUACGUAUAUAUAUACAUAAACAAAUAUAAAUAAUUUCAAAUAAAUGCACAUGAGCCAAGAAGAAACUGGUAAAGAAACUAGGACCAUCACCAUCCUGUUCUUGGUCUUCUCCAUAGGUCCUUCCUUUUCUGAUUCUUCAGUCUCUUCAUCCAAAAUUGACAAAAGGUCAUAAAGUCUUAUCUAACUGGCAAAAAAUGACAUCCCUUUGAAAUCUGAAUAUGUCAAUUGAUUCCAAAACAGAAGUAUUGAUUAGGCUAAAGACCUUAUUGUCUUCAGAUGUGUUUUGGUCAAGCUAGUCCUUCAUUGGAUUGAUGGGUCACUUUCUAGUCUAAAAGAAUGGCAUUUCCUAAUUAAAAUUCUUCCCUUUCACUGCCAGACACAACCAGUGUAAGAAACCACAGCAUAGUAAAUGAGAGCCAUAUUUGGACUAUGCUUUUCCAUGAUUUUUCUUUCAUCUGCAAAUAUUCAUCUCAUUUUCCUCCACUCCAAUGGUCUUCUCCCUCUUCACCUCCCCCAUGGAGAUUAAAUACUUACCUUUGAAAGAAAAAUCCAGAGGCAUCUAGAAAAGACAGCCCUGAAAGGAAUACAAGAAAAAUGGGAAUACCUCUGAGAACAAAAGUUGAGCAGCAUGAGUCCAGCCCACAAACAAUACUUUCAACCUCAUGACCAGGUUCUCCACCCUUCUGGGUUCCAAUUUGGCCUCAGCAUCCUUCAUUUUUCCUACUUUGUAGAAGCAAGUUGUUUAUUGAAACACACAAUGUUGAAAAGGCAACAUUUGGCAUCAUCAUUAGCUUUCUUUAGAGAUGGAUUCAUUUUGUCAUCUUCCAUGAAACUUGAAUUUAAUAUAGCAGUUCUCUAGACCCUGGAUAAUAUGAUAACUAGUUCCCCAUCUAUCCCUUCUUUCUGCCGGUAUGGCAAGGAACUAUUCCUACAUACACAUGUCCAGAUUCCUUAUUGAGCAAUUAGAAAGAGACAUCCUGGCAACGUAAGAACAUAAACUCAAUUUUUCAAACUGAAAAUUUAUUUUUUAGUGAAACUCAUUCAUAAACUUCUUUUAAUUAAAUGUUUGUGGAAAGCAAUGCUAGCAAUAUCACAUAAUUCCUGAGAUACUAUGAUUGGCCAGAUUUCUCAUUCUGUGUAUUUUAGAUCAGCACAAAUGAAGUUAAAGUAUUUAUUAAAAGAUAUAAUAUGAUUUUUGUGCUUGUAUAAAUAGAAAGUAUUAGAUUCUAUGAGCAAAUUUGGGGAGAUUGUAAGAAGUUCUAAUUUAAAUUAGAUUUUCCUGAUUAAACAAAGCACAUUUCCUAGUUAUUUUUAAAAAAUAAGAGCUGGUUUUUACUAGUUGUCUGGGAGAAAAACUAAUACUCAAAAAGUAAAGGUUUGAGGUUUUUUUCUUUUCUCAACAAAAUAAGUUGUACAAGUGCUUCAUAAAUGCCUUAUAUCUCUAUCUAAAAUGAUCCGAAGACAGCUUCUAGUCUUUGUAAUUGUCAAAACACGGAUUUUUAGCAUCUAUGGCCUAGAUGCCCAAUGAAACCUUCACUGGCUUUUCACCUCUUCCCAUCAGCCAAAGGGCAAGCUCUGUGUGUAGGAUUUUGGGCUUGGACAAUUAAGCUUAUUCUUUCAAUUACCCAUUACAGAGAAAACUACAUCUUCAAGAUAGAUCACUGAUGAGCAAGGAAAGAGAUCAAACUAGAAAUUAGGAAUGUGUAUUAGUAGGUGAGGGUCUUUGCCUUUGUAAAGAGCAAUGGUAAGGCACCUUCUGUUAGCUAACUCUUGUGUUUCUCUCAAGACCCAGAAUGAAUGAUUUACAUAGUGGAAGGACUAUUGGCUUUUUCAAGGAUUCCAAUUCUUAACUUGUAUUUAUAUAGAAAAGCAUCCGUGUUCUUUUGUUUGCAUCCAAGUUCUAAGAAACUCAAGCAUCAUAUUAAAUAGAAUUGAAGUUUCAUUUUGGAUAUCAAUGAGAAAUUAAAUGCAUCUUAAAAUGGGAUCAAAUAAUUCAACAGCAUGGGAAAAAUUACUUCAAUAACCUCUUGAAGACUAAAGAGACCAUAUGAAUUUUUGUUCAACCUCCUUAUUUUACAGACAAUAAAAUCAAGGCUUCCUGAAGUGAAAUUAUUUGCCUGUGGCCACACAGCUGGCAGUGUAAAGGCUAGAACCUCCUAUCUAGUUUUUGUGCUAAUACAUUACUUUUACUGUCUUGACAUCUCAGAUUAGAUAACAUGUCCUUCUAAAAUAUGCUCAACUUUCAAUAACACUACCCUUGGACUCAAAGUGAACCAAAAGAUUCUGUGUAGAAUGGGUUUGAUUUCUUGAAUAAGAGCUUAAAACUCUUAGAAGUUCUUUUUAUCAGGUCAUAGCACUUGGCAAAUUCAGAGGGUAUCUGGGAAGACAUUUAUAUCUCAAAUUAAAUUUAGUAGAAUAUAAUUAGCAUUUGUUAAGCAUUAACUAUAUAUAUAUAUAUAUAUAACAUGCAACUAUUCAAAUUGAAGGGAUUUUGUUUCCUUCUCUUCCAAGAAAUUCUGAGUGUAAAUGUGUUGCCAUUCAUUGUAUAAUUUGUUUGUAUUAGAUGUGUUGCUUUUUAUUUCUAUAAUCAGAGGAUGUUCAAAGAUGAAAGGAAGAUCAGAGAUCAUCUGAUCAGUUCUUUCAUUUUAUGAAAAACGAAACAGUCUCAGACAUAUGAGAGUGAUAAACAAAUUAUACUAGUGGCUGAGUGGCACACACCUAGUGAAUGGGAAUGUCAGAACUAAAACCCAGUUCACCUUUACUCCCAGACCAGUACUCUUUUCAUUUCAUCACACUAUCUCUAUUUUUUUCAUCCCUUACUUUCUGUCCUAAUACUAACUUUAUAACAGAAGAGCAAGGAUGAGGCAAAUGGGGUUAAGUAGCUUGCCCAGGGUCACAUAUCUAAGGAAGCCUCCAAAGUUAGAUAUGAAUCCAGGUCUUCCCAGCUCCAGACCUAGCUCUCCAUCCAUUGUGCCAUAUAACUGGCCUUCCCUCUAUUAUUUUAAUGGAAUGUUAAAAUAAUCUUUUUAUGAGUACAGAAAACAAAAAGGGGGGGAAUCUUUUGUGUUUUACAAUAUUUUGUAAUCUCCUUUAGCUUAAUUUCUUUAUUUUUAGCAUUUUUUGAAGAAAUGUUACAUGGAUGAAGAAUCUAGGCAGGAGAAAGUGCUUAUAAGACAACUACGUUCUUUUUCCCUUUAAAGUUUUGGGUAGCAGUAUUACCAAAAGACCAGGAGUAGGAAAAUAAUAAAUGUAAGUUGAUAAAGAAAUGAAGUAAUGUGUCAAUGAAUGGGAAAAUGUUGCUGCUAUUAUCAUACCAUGCAGCUCAUUUUUUCAUGGGAAUUGUUCUUGAGAAUGACACAUGAGAAACUGCAGAAUGGCACUAAGGAUUUCAUCCUUCUACAUCACAUCAGGAGGCAUUUUUUCCUUUGGAAGAGCCUGAGUCCCUUUGGUAUCAGAGUCUCAUCUCAGGUGACUGGCAGUCAAAAUUGCCCUAGAGACACUUGGUGCCCACAUCACUCAUAAGACUUUAAGGUCUGCAUGAAGUAGCCAGUGGGGCUGGACUACAUCUGAUGCAGUGUGAUAUACACAUGUAAAUAUUUGGUCAUUUUGGUGAUCAAGGACUAUUUUUCUUACAUAGAGAUAACUGUGUGUGUGUUGUGACUGUAGCUUGUGAAAAAUGCUAUUGAUUCACUUUGAAUCUUUCCAAAAUAUAACUGUUCAGUAUGAAUGUGCCUGCAACAUUGCCUCAUGUGCCAAACACACAGUACUGGAUGUGGUGUUUUUAAAUAAACUGUUUUAUUGUGCAUUGGAAAGUAA